AGGAUUAUUGACCCAUUAAUGGGAAUACUCUGAUAGUGGGUGAAAAACAUCAGGAAUAGGGCAUAGCAAUUGGGUCUGUAGUGGUAACUUGAACUGCCUUCAUGAGCACUGUGCCGUGUAUUUUUGAAUAUGUUUGGUCAAAGGGAUGGGAAUCAAUACAAAUCUGAAAAACUUCCAAUGUUUGCCAUCAACUAUGUGGGACUGUUUGGGAAUUUUUUUUCUGAUAAUACUGGCUCUGAAACGAGUGAAUAAUGACGACGAUGGGGAAAGGUCGAGGUUGGAGUAGACAAAGUCAGGAACCAGCUUUGCGAAAACCUGGACCACCCUCACGACCCAGAGAUGAAGUGAUCGAGAGGAUUCGGGAUCUUGACGUCUCUGACGUGACUAGCAUCGAAACAUCGUCUUCAGCGGCUCAGAUAGUCGUUAACAAGGGCGAUCUGACGAACAUCACCAAGCUCUACAAUGAAGCUCUUGAAGACAGGAGUUUUAUCCCCAAUCUGCUGGCAAUUUUUUACCAUCCUAGCAAUCACUUUUCAACCUUUAUCAAUGUGCUGCAGCCCGACUAUGAAAGGCGAGAAGAGUUGGCGAUGAAGUCAUCUUCGAAAUUCUUAAAUUUGGUAUGUCUCAUGGGGGAGAUCCUCCAACGGUCUUCUAGAUUCCUUGGUGGUCGGAUUUACCCUGUCUUCACAUCUGCCGUUAUUAACUUAUGUAAAACUUUACUGGAGUCCUCUGAAGAGGAUGAAAUCGAAGUUGUCAUGAAUCAGAUUUGGCUCAAUGGAGAAAAACUGAAUGCACAAUUACCGAAGCAGAUGGCGGAAUUGAUGAGUCAAAUCAGGGAAGUGCUUGUAUCAAAAAAUCUGAGCACUCGCUCGAGAGCAAUGCUCCUGUACGCAAUAGAAAUCUCGCAUAAUAAUUACGUGACAUCCUUAAACUCUGAUGUCGAAAAAUUCUACGAAUCCUAUUUGAAGAAGGAGACGAUCGCUGAAUUGAUUGAACUGAGGAAUUUGGCGGCGGCUAGUGAAGCUACUACUUUGGAAUCUAAAAGUACGAAAUUUCUUAACCAGGAAAAACAAUCCCCCCUUAAUUUGAACAUCCGCAAAUCCAAACAACCAGAAGAAGAACUGCAGAAAGAUCCACAACCCAAUGCAGGACGCCCCCGUGCCAUCCGAGGCUCCGGGGUCAACGGGGGUUGUGACGAGGAGAGGAAAAAUUCCAAGAAGACACCCUUUUCUGAUAAGUCAGAUGUAAAAAAGGGAUGGGGGCACGAUGACCGUUUUCAGAGAGAUUACUAAGACUCACGAGGGCAUAAUAAAAACUUGACAAUUACCAGAUGCUUCAGUUUUAUCAAGUCUUCGACUUUUUUCAAUUAAAACAAUUGUGUUUAUUUGUUUAUUCUCAUUGAAACAUAUAUUUUAAUGAAUAAAUAGAUACUUUGAUAAAUUGA